AAUCAUAUAUGAAUGCUAUCUAAAGUUUAAGCACUGGUCAGAAGUUCUGCUUAUUAUCAUACGUAUUAACUGCUCUCUCUAAUGAUUCCUUUUCCUUUGCAGGCGCCAAAGCUCCCCAGUUAUACUUAUAAUAUGAUAACUUUCCAAAUCUCCAGCAAAUUCUGAUAUACUUGGGUGAGAAUCAAAUAUAUUUUUUCAGUCCAUCGAAGUUGGGAGGUAUCAUUAAAGAUGACUAUCGAUUUAUACUAUGUCGUUCAAGUUUUUUUGUCCCCCUGAGAGUACAGUUGACCUUAACGGUUCCAUGGUGGACAGGUGACAGGUUCAUCUCGUUCCUUAACUUCAAAAUUUUCCUUCAUAAUACCGACUCGAGCAUUUUGGUGCUCACCAUUUUCCGUAAAACUGCAUCCAGAUAACUCCAUGGAUCACCAUUUUUCCCCUUUGCGGAGGCCAUUCUCUGUUUGUAACUGUAGAACUUACCCCCACGUUCUCCACUCCCUCACUUCAAAAACUAACAAUAACCGCCCCGCUUUGCCUCUGUCCUUAUAUCACGCAGCCUCUUCUUUCUUUAGUACGUAACCUGAGAGCUUUCAGAACCCCCAAACUCUGGAAACCUCGUCGUUACUAAGUAUUAAUCCAAAGAGAGCAAUGGGGAUGUCUUCUUCUUCUUUGAUCCUGUGCCUUCUCCUCCUUGCUGCAAACCUGGCUGUCAUCGCCGGAGCUAAGAAUGAGUACAAGGUUGGCGACGGUGAUGGUUGGCGAGUUCCCGCUGAUAAUGACCCUGACUUUUAUGAGACAUGGGCAAGCAAGAUCAAGUUCAUCGUGGGCGAUUCAAUUGUGUUUGAUUAUCACAAUGAUUCAGUUGCGAAAGUAAGCAAGAGAGGCUACUACCACUGCAACGAGACGAGCAAAACUCCAACGCUGAAGGAUGGGAGCACAGUGAUAGUUCUUGAUAAGCUAGGGUUCUACUACUUUGUGAGUGGUGAUGUCGAGCACUGUGAGAAAGGGCAGAGGCUGAUGGUCGAGGUCGCCGGCUUGCCGCUGGUUCCAACGCCGUCGCCAGAUUCGAGCUCGGCCUCGGUGGCCUCGUGCUCGGUUUUGUCGGCCGUGACUGCGGUUGGCUUCGGAGCUUGGUGGGUUGCAGUGGGCUUCAGCCAUUAAUUGCUUCAGCUUGUUCUGAUUGCUGGGAAAUUUGGAACUUGUUUUGAUUAUGUCGAUCUUGUUUAUUGAUUGGUUUCCUAUUUAUGUUAUAUUCUGGAUUUAUGUGAUUUUUUUAGUAAUUGUAUUCGUGGUGUUUAACUGUUGUCUUUGAUUGUUUUA